AUGUCUGACACGUGUCUACUCUCUGCCUACAGGCGGACUCUGGUGUGCACACAUUCGUCCAUACCUACAGCCUUAGGCAGCCAUGCCUACAAGACCAACGUGAGCCUGAGAGACAAGAGAAAAGUGAGCAGGGCGUCUAACGACAGACCGACAAAGCCACAUGAUGCGACCUAUCCGGUGCCAGUGUUGCCAGGCUCGAGUCCGCCCUCUACCAUUGGUCAAGCCGGGCUACGAUAG